AUGCCGCCCAAAAAAGCUGCCGCUGCCGCUGCCGCGUCCGUCCCGUUGGGCGAGACCGACGCGAACCGCGUCGUGGGCCACAACAAAGCCGCCGAGCCCGCCGAGAAGCCGGCGUCCAAGUCCCGCAAGCGCAAGUCGGACGCCGCCGCCGAUGGUGGUGACGAUGAUGCCGCCGCCGCGCCGGCCCCCAAGAAGCAGGCGACCAAAAAGAAGGCUGCUGAGAAGAAGAACGACCCCCUCCCGGACCUCUCCGGAAUCGAACUCCAUGGCGACGACGACAUGAAUGUCCCCGUCUUUGACACCUGUGACACCGUUCGCACCAAGAUCCGCGCCAUCCUCAAGAAGGAAGGCGUCACCAAGGCCGCCUUCUUGCGCGCCAUUGUCAAAGCCGCGUACCGCGCCGGGUCGGAUCACAAGAUUGCGCCCAACCUGCUCACCAAUUUCAUGAACAAGAAGGGCCCCGUAGCCGGCAACACCAGCACCGUCUUUUACGCGGCCUAUGUGUUUUUUGAGAAGCUGCGUGUGAGAGACCGCAAACCCAAGGGGAAGAAGAGAGAGGAGAUGGAAGAUGAGUGGCCUACUGGCUUUGAGACCAAGGAGCUUUUGGGCGGUCCUAUUUUGGUUCACGCCAGUGAGAAGGCUUACAUCAACCAGUAUGGCAAGACUCACGUUUACUAG